AUGGCCGUUGACAUCACCGAUCCCCAGGACAUCUUUGCUGCUGCCAGCGUGGCCCAGAUCCAUGCCGCCCUCAGCCAAUUGCAUGACCAUGAGGCCGCCGUGACGCGCCAGCUAAACGCCCUCAUCGCCUCCCAAAAGGACCUCUCCCGUGAACUCGGCCGUCUGGAUCUGCUGCGCGCCCAUCUCGGCACUCAGACCGUCAACACGCGCGCCAUCAGUAACGGCAUGCUGUCCGAUGCUGCCUCUACUGCCACUCGCAUCUCAGGCGCCGUCAAACGGCUGGACCAGGAGCAGUCCAAUGUCAAGGCCACGUUGCACGUCGUCGAACAGGUGGCCGAGCUCAAGGCCUGCGUCCUGGGCGUCCACGGCUCCAUGGGCGCGCCCCAGGACUGGGAAACGGCUGCAGGUUACCUGAGCCGUGCUGCAAAGAUCCCCGACGAUGUCGUAAACGGUAGUUUUGCGGAGGAAAUUGUGCCCACGGCAGAAGUGCCAGACCCCCCACGAGUGACACUUGACGCCGCUGCCGAAUCCCUCUGCGGUCUCUUUCUGCGCGAGUUUGAAAAGGCUGCAAAGGACGGCGACGGCUCAAAGGUAACGAGAUUCUUUAAGCUGUUCCCCUUGAUUGGGAGGACAGACGUUGGCUUGGAUGCGUACGGCCGCUAUGUUUGCCAGGGUGUAGCCUCGAGGGCCCGCGCAAACUUCAACUCGGCCUCGCCAGCCCAGAGGAACGAAGGCUUCUUCUACGGCAACACCAUCACCAAGCUGUUUGAGCACAUUGCGCAGAUUGUAGACGGACACGAGCCGCUAGUAGAGCGCCAUUAUGGCCCGGGCAUGAUGCAAAAGGUUAUUGAGCGUCUGCAGAUUGAAGCCGAUGUCCAAGGCGGCAUCGUGCUCGACACAUGGCAUGAAGAACGUCACAUUGACCGCAAACUGACUGAUAUCAAAUCCUAUGCAUUCUCUUUCCUAGUUCAAAGUUUUCUCCCAGCCCAAAAGCCUUCUUCUGGCACACCUCGCGCAAGCUCACCAGCCAAUGGUGUGCCUCGCACAAGUGAAGACGAAGGCGUCGACAUGAAGGAGAUUGACGCGCUGCUCGGCGAAGGCGCCCUCAUACUAGGCCGCUAUGCUCUGUAUGCUCGUUUCAUCUCCGACAAGUGUGCACCCGCUGAGCCCGAAGAACACAUCGACUAUGGCUUGGUCAUGCCCAAUUUCCUCGCGACCAGCAACCUCCACAAGAAGGUCAACAGCCACCUCAUUGAGCCAGUCAACGCCAUGACGACCUUUUUCUUCCGCAGAUCAGUAGAGAAGGCUUUUCAGCUGGACGAGUCACCGUCUGAUCUCACUCUGAACCCGAACAAGCCCCUUGGGUCUAACCCGCCCUUUAUAACAUCAGCUGUUGACGACGUCAUGUACAUCGUCAACCAGGUUCUGCAAAGGACACUCGCCACGUCGCAACGGGCCGUUGUGGCUAGUGUAGUGCCCGCCGUAAGCCAUAUUCUAGGCGCCGAGUUUAUCGGUAUGAUACAAAGAAAGAUGCGGGACGAAAGCUAUCCGAAGUCUGUCAUCCAGGGCGGCCUCCCACCCGAGGAUAAGGUCAUUGCCUUUUUGGUAUUGAUCAACAAUCUUGACAUUGCCAACGACUAUGUCAAGCGUAUUGUUCAGCAGCAGCUACGCAUCCAACCGCAACCUGGUCAAGAAGAUGCUCAUUCCCCCUUGCAAGACCUUUUCCCGUUCGGGCACGAUGCAACCUUUGUCGAAAACACCCUCAAAUCAAUGGAAAAGUCAUUUGCCACCAAGAGUGGUGAUUUGCUCAACGACGGCAUCACGGUUCUGUUCUCCAACGUUCUCAAGCCUCGCAUCCGGCCAAUAUUAGCUGAGGCCUUCAGGGAUAUCAGAUAUGACCCUGGCGGUGAAGACGCAAACGAUGACGAAGAUACCGACGAUACCGACAUUGUCAAGGCUCGCUUUGAUCGCGGUUGGGGUGUUGUCAUUCGCCCAAUCAAACGCAUCCUUACCGCAGCAAACUUCGACCGUCUUCUUGGCCUUGGCCUGAACUAUCUUGCUUCUGCACUAGAAAAACGCAUCAAGAGUUACUACGGCAGGGUGAAUGAACUCGGGGCGGUUCGGCUCGAGCGGGACAUUGCGGGCAUCAUCACAGCCGCUACCAGUGGUGGUGCUUAUGCGCUUCGCGAUGCGUUCCAAAAGUGCACGCAAAUGACCUUGAUCUUGAACAUGGAAGAUGACGAGUUUGAGCAAGUCGCUAUUGACGACGCUGCUGGCGAAUCAGGGAUCUCUUGGGUGCUUGACCUCGAGGAGAGGAACAGGUGCCCGCUCUACCAGAACUACGCCAACCAACGCCACGAACCCUUCUCCACAGGAAAAUGGAGCUUGAGCUAUGCGAGGCCCAUUGAGCCGUGCAGGACCUUUCGCGCCCCAGAGGUUGAGGAGACGAUUGCUAGAUUGCGCGACGUGAUUAAAGAUCCCGAUCUAUUCAGGCUCUUUGAAAACACAUGGCCAAGCACAUUGGACACGACAAUUGGGUGGCGAGGACUCUCGAAAGAUGCCAACAAUGCCACAACGCAAGAGGAGUUGACUUUUGUCAUUACCGGCGAUAUCCAGGCCAUCCACGACAGUCUUGCCAGUUUGUUCCGUGGCGCCAUCAACCUCCAAGCGCGCUACAUUCUCGGAAACGUUUUUUGCAACGCCUUUCAAGCCCCGGACGAGAGCGGUAUCCCGCAAAGAAGCAGCCAGAAUGACGAUCGCAUCACUCCGCCAUACGACUACUUCAAAGUGUUCUCUUGCCAAUGGGAACUCGACUCUGUCGCCUCUUUCCUGCAACUCUCAACCGACUAUGCAACCGUCACACGUGACUACGAGUUCUUCCAAAAGUCCAGCAACUGGACCAAAGCCGUCGAGCUCAUCCUGGACACGGCAGAAAGCAUGAUGAUCGACAGCUACUCCGAGGACGGCGUCUGGCAGCACACUCCAUACACCUACUGCGCACCCUAUGGCGGUACGCCCAUCAACAACUGCAAUGGAAGCCCCCACCGCGGCAACCUCGGCCUCGUCCGCUCCUUCCACCGUCCCAGUGACGACGCCUGUACCUACCAAUACCUCAUCCCCUCCAACAUGAUGUUUUCCUCCGCCCUCAACACCUCCUCCACCAUAAUGUCCCGCGUAGAAGCUUCCUCAUCCGGUACCCUAACCACCCGCAUGCAACAAAUGAGCACCGGCAUAAACCGCGGCAUAGAAAAAUACGGUCUCGCCAACGACCCCACCCACGGCAAAAUCUACGCCUACGAAGUCGACGGCUACGGCGGCGCUAAUAUAAUGGAUGACCCCAACGUUCCCUCGCUUUUAUCAGCACCGUACAUAGGAUACACAACCAUCCACGACCCCAUUUACAAAAACACGAGAGCCAAAGUUCUAUCCAGAGAUAACCCCUAUUACGCCAUCGGCCCCGCGAUAACAGGCGUGGCAAGCCCGCAUACGCUUCCGGGUAAACCGUGGCCCAUGGCGCUUAUCAUGACGAUUUUGACAUCCGAAGAUGAUGAUGAGAUUACCAGGAAUCUAAAGUGGUUACUGCAAAGUACGGAUGGCCUGGGCCUCAUGCAUGAGAGUGUGGAUGCAAGGAAUGCGAGAGUUUGGUCACGGCAGUGGUUCAGCUGGGCGAAUGGCUUGAUGGGGCAGAUGAUUUUGGAUUUGGAGAAGAGGAAGCCGCAUCUUUUGGGUUUGUCAUUUCAGUAG